GAGACAUUUCCACACGGGGUACAUGGACAAGUUGGCAUCCAGCUGCUUCAUCCAGCACGGAGCACCAUCCCAAAGCUUGAAGCUCUACAAUCUUCAGAGACCAUCCACUUCGCUGCUCACGUCCGGCAGGCGAUUCGUUCUCAUCGUCCGGUGCGCCGCGGCAGCAAAAGCAACGAGCGUCGACGUCGUCGUCAAUGGCGGCGGCGGAUUCGACUUCGAGCGCUACCUGUCGGCCAAGGCCAAGGCCGUGGACGACGCGCUGGACCUCGCCCUACGGGGCCUGCGGUGCCCCGCGUCCCUAAGCGCGUCCAUGCGCUACUCCGUCCUGGCGGGCGGCAAGCGCCUACGCCCCGCGCUGGCCAUCGCCGCGUGCGAGCUCGCGGGCGGGCCGGCCGCCGCGGCCACCCCCGUGGCCUGCGCCGUCGAGAUGAUCCACACCGCGUCGCUCAUCCACGACGACAUGCCGUGCAUGGACGACGACGCGCUCCGGCGCGGGCGGCCCUCGAACCACGUCGCCUUCGGCGAGCCCACGGCGCUGAUGGCGGGGGACGCGCUCCUGGCGCUCGCGUUCGAGCACGUGGCCCGGGGCUGCGCGGCCGCCGGGGUCCCCGCCGACCGCGCCCUCCGCGCCGUCGUGGAGCUGGGCGGCGCGGCGGGCGCGGGCGGCGUCGCGGCGGGGCAGGUCGCGGACAUGGAGGGCGAGGGGGACCCCGCCGUGGGCCUGGCGGCGCUGGAGUACAUCCACGCGCACAAGACGGCGCGGCUGGUGGAGGCCGCGGCGGUGUCGGGCGCCGUCGUCGGGGGAGCCGGGGACGCCGAGGCCGAGCGCGUCCGCCGGUACGCCCACCUGCUGGGCCUCCUGCUCCAGGUGGUGGACGACGUGCUGGACGUGACGGGCACGUCGGAGCAGCUCGGGAAGACGGCCGGCAAGGACGCGGCCGCCGGGAAGGCCACGUACCCGCGGCUGCUGGGCCUGGAGGGCGCGCGCGCGUACGCGGGCGAGCUCCUCGCCAGGGCCGAGGCGGAGCUCGACGGGUUCGACGCCGCGCGCGCCGCGCCGCUGCGGCACCUCGCCCGGUUCAUGGCGCACCGACAGCACUGAGCCCAAGGCUCUACGGGCCGGUCCAAGGCUCUAUGGGCUUUCAUGUGGGCUGCAGGUUUAGCCCAUUCCUUCCAGCCCACUGCAGUUUGCGGCCUACUAAAUUUGAGUCCGUUUCCGGCCCGACACGGACCGGGACUGUAGUGGGCUGUGGACCGUGAAGGGCUAGCUUUUCUGCUGAAGUUUUUUUUUUUUUUUUUUUGCAAGUGCAGUUCGUUGUUCCGUCACGAGUAAACGGGCACAGUGCCGAGAUUCUUCGUC